AUGUCUUCCCAUUGUCGUCCUGGCGCGUCGUCAAGCUCCUCUGAUCCCCCUGACUCAGAUGCAAUGUAUAUACAAAGCACUAGCAUUUCUUCUGUCGGAUCCUCUCCAGAGCCCGUGAAACUUGGAAAACGCAAGAAUAAACGGUCAGAGUCACCAGAACCAUCAAGGCCCAGCAAAUGCAAGCAUAUGCAUUCCUCCAGGGACACCAGAACUGACGACCUCAUCAAUUCUAUAUCGUCAGGCUCUCACAAGCACACAACAAGGAAACAUGAAGAUUCGAAAACAGAUGACACAGAGCUGUACCGAAACGCAGGAAGGAAGACUUCAAGUCUUCUGGAUACGUUUGGCAUACCUUCUGCAGCCUUCAAGACCGGUCUUCAAUUUGACCGAGGUGGUAAGCGCGACCCGAACAAUGUCACCAAUCGGCAUUUGUUACUGUACAAUGGCGUCAUCGACUAUGUUCCUGGUCUCGAGAGUGAGCUCAACCACAUAUCAAGCAAAAAACUCAACAUGAUCAUUGCAAUGGUGACUGUAUCGAAGGGUAUGAGCGACGGCAGAUCUGCAGAUCUGAGCUCCGUCAAGCACAAGGGCCUGCAAUACAUUGGGCUAAAUAUGUAUAGUAAGGCCGAUGCUCUUGACCCGCCAAUUCCAGAAAUCGAGGAUAAGUCGAUGCGUGGGCUCAAUCACCCGCAGUUGGCUCGUUUACUUUGCCCUCGGAAGAAAUUGGAUUGGUUUGACAAGGACCCUGAUUCAUAUCGCUAUGGCUGCCUUGCAAGCUGGCGAAAUCACCAUGACGGCACACAACUGGCCAACAUUCUUUACGAACAUGGCGUUUACAAUGCUGCCUAG